CUGAAAUGUAGUGGAGUGAACAAUCAUAACUGAUUCAGUGCUUGUGUAUCAACUUAAGUGUAGUUCCUUUUUACUGUUAUCUCAGCCGUACUCUACACAAAGUAGACAGUGGGAUGAAAUUCAGCGUCUCUAGAGCUAUGGUGUAACAUGUAAACAGACUGUCAGGACCAAGCAGCUAGGCAGGGGCACAAGAGGAACCUUUUAAAUUGUUUAAGACUUUAUUAUGCCAAAAAUAACUGUCCACAGAGUACUCAAAAUUACAAAAGGGAUUAAAAUACAUCAAAGAAAAAGUAUCAACAGAAAUUCUAAUUCUGGGCCCUUUAAAUAAACUGAGGUCAACCAAACAAGACGCUCAACAUAGUAUGAACUAAACAAACCUGUCCUUAUGAAUGACACAAAAGGAGGGGUAUAUAUACACAUAGGCUAGCCUACCAACACACAACAGGGGGAAAACCUAUUCUUCACACCAUAAAACUCCCAAAAUAAACCCACCUACCACUUAAAGACAUAAUACAAAUACAUAUACAUAUUAAACAACAAUACCACCCCAAAAUUCAAACAAAUACACAUAUGCUGCUUUUCUUGAGGCCCCUGCACUUCAGAUCUCCCCUUCACAGCACUGGGAGCUGGCGCCUUCCAAUUCCUGUCUUCCAGCAUAAAAGAGAGCCUUAAACACAGCCUCCCCUUUUGCCAGGACCUCAGCAGCAUGUGGAGCAGCAGAAGCAGAAACAAAGGAAAAUGUCCCACCCGAGCACUCUGGAUUUAGACAGACACACCAGCUUGGAAAAAUCCCGUCGGUCCAACAGUCGUAGUCAGACCAGGGUCCAGGCCAGAGAUGGGGACCCCCUGUGUGACUUCUGCACAACCAGGAAGCAGAAGGCCGAGAAGUCCUGCCUGGUGUGCCUGGCGUCCUACUGCGAAACUCACCUCCAGUCUCACUACGAGUACCCAGCUCUGAUGAAGCACAAGCUGGUCAAAGCUACAGGUCAGAUGAGAGAGAAGAUGUGCGCGCAGCAUGACAAGCUGCUAGAGGCUUUUUGUCGCACUGAUGAGACAUCGGUGUGUGUUUUGUGCAUGAUGGAUGAGCACAAGCACCACAACAUCGUACCAGCUGGAACUGAGAGGACUGAGAAACAAAAACAACUUGGUGUCACACUGCACAAAUCUCAACACAGGAUCGACCAGAGAAUUAAAAAGUGGCAGGAUCUGCGGCAAGCUGUUGAUGCAGUUAAACACUCGGCUCAGACGGUCCUGGAUGAGAACGAACGGAUUUUCACUGAGCUUCUUCUUUCCAUUGAGAGGAAGUACAAUGAGGUCAAGGAGAUGAUCCGUUCCCAUGAAAAGAGCACCGUGACCCGUGGUGAGAUACUGCUGGACCGCCUGGAGGAGGAGAUCACUCUGCUGAAGAAGAGACACAAUGACCUGGAGAAGCUCUCACACACAGAUGAUCACAUACACUUCCUACAGAGCUGGCAGUCUCUGUCAGGACCCUCGGGAUAUGAAGACCUCAACAACAUCAGCGUUGUUCCAAAUUACAACUUUGAUUCUACCAAGAGAGCCAUUUCUGCAAUGAGAUUACAAAUAGAAGAAGUCAGCAAGACAGAAAUGAGCAAAAUCUCAGGAGCAGUGAAGGAAGUGUACAUCACUCAAGAAGCUGAGACAAAGACAAGAAGGGAAUCAAGUUUGAUGGAAGAACCGAGGACAGAUAGAAGAGAAGAACCAAAGACAAGAGAAGAUUUCCUGAAAUAUGCUUGCCAGUUGUUUCUGGAUGUGAACACUGUCCACCCAAACCUUCACCUGUCUGAAGGCAACAGAACAGCCACAAUGAAGAAUGAACUGAAGAACUAUCCAGACCACCCAGACCGAUUUGAUCACUGGCAGCAGGUGUUGUGCAGGGACAGUGUGACCGGGACUCGCUGUUACUGGGAGGUGGACUGGAAGGGAACAGAGAUAGAUGUGGCCGUCACCUACAGGGGAAUCCGCCGUAAAGGAAACGGCAACGACUGCAGCCUGGGCUGGAACGACAAGUCCUGGAGUCUGUACUGCUCCGACUCCAAGUUCUCCUUCGUGCACAACAACAAAAGCAAAGAUAUCCAGGCUCCCAUGUCUCCUCGUAUUGGCGUCUAUCUGGAUCAUGCAGCGGGGACACUUGCAUUUUACAGUGUCUCUGAAAACAUGCGGCUUCUGCACAGAGCCCAGACGACCUUCACAGAGCCCCUCUACCCUGCAUUCAGUGUGUGGGGCUUUGGUACCAGCAUAAGACUGUAGAAAAGGUGCCACAGUGCAGUAGUUUAGCUCAGACGAUAUUCUCUGCAAAAUCUUCAACAGUUUGAUUAACUCUGAUUUAUUUCACUUUUCGCCACAAGUUGUUGUUUUCCUCGUAUGUGAAUUUCAUUGUACGACUGUUUUGAUCACUGGAUGUUGUUUUAGGGGAAAUUAAGAUAGGCUAUUUAGAGUUUUUUAGUAGGAAAAAACUUUUUUUUGCUUUUUUCUAGCAUUUUCUUUAUUAUGUUCAAGCAGAUUAUUAUGCUUUUAAACUGAAAUGUUAUAGAUGCUGUCUGUAAAUAAAAUUUCCAAUUCUAAAA